AUGACUGCAGUGUCGGUUCAUGCGGCUGGGAAUCUCGUCAAUACUUAUUACGACUUCGUAAAGGGGAUCGACAGCAAGAAGAGUGACGAUCGGACGCUGGUCGACCACAUAUUGAGCAAGGAUGAGGUGGUGAGCCUUGCAUCUGUGCUGUAUGGACUAGGGUGCCUGGGGUUUGUAUGCUCUGUGGCGCUGUCCCCUGCCAAGAUGGAACACCUGGCUCUGGUCUAUUUUGGGGGGUUGUCCAGCUCGUUCCUCUACACAGGUGGGGUGGGGUUCAAGUACAUCGCCCUAGGGGACGUGCUGGUCCUAAUCAUCUUUGGCCCAGUCACUCUGGUUUUCUCGUUCAUGGCGCAGAGUGGGCGAUUCCACUGGGCGACCAUCGUGUAUGCCUUGCCACUGGCGCUCAAUUCUGAGGCCAUCCUACACAGCAACAACACCAGAGACAUGGAAAGCGACAGGAGGGCGGGGAUCGUGACUCUGGCCAUCCUUAUAGGACCAACACUCUCCAAGGUUCUCUAUGCUCUGCUGCUCUUCACGCCUUUCAUCAUCGUGACGCUGUGGGCCAUGCACUGUUCUGCUUGGUUCUUUCUUCCAUUGUUGUCCAUGAAGAGUGCAUUCACUUUAGAAAAGGACUUUCGAGCUCUCUCACCUGUGCCACUGCAGAUUCCCAAGAGAACAGCACAACUGACCCUCACGUUUGGAAUCCUUUAUGUCUUGGCUGUGGCCCUGGCUCCAGCUAAGUCUCUGCCUCUUUUGGCAUCUCUGGCUAGGUGA